CAUUACACAGUAGCAGUGCUUAGUUACCGGGGCAAACCGCACGUUUACAUGUAAACAAUUUUGGCCUCUGCUCUAAAAGGAAGGAUUUUUAGCGAUCAGUAAGAAAAAGAAAGAGAGAAAAGGAAAAAAAUGUCUGGGGAGGUUGAAGAAGACGAAGAACGACGUCGUCAAAGGAAGCUUGAAGAAGUUCUUGAAGUCAAAUCCCUUCGCCGUAUCAUUAGUGCCUACCUCAAUUAUCCCGAGGCUGCAGAAGAGGAUGUCAGAAGAUUUGAAAGAUCUUUUAAGAAGCUUUCACCUGCUCACAAGGCUUUAUUGUCUCACUAUCCUUUAAAGUUCCAAAGGCUGAGAAGGUGUAUUUCAGUGAAUUCAUAUUUCAUAUUUAACAUGCUUCAGUCAUUUGAACCUCCUUUAGAUAUGAGCCAGGAUGUGGAUAUUUGUGAGGAUCCACACCUAGAAAACUUUCAACAUGAGCAUUGCCACUCUGAGGAGAGAAAUGCUUGCUUUUGUCAGUCUGCAUCAACCAGUGGAAGGAUGUGUUGUUCCAACCUUGCUCAAGCUUGUUCUCAGGAAAGGAGCAACAUAAUAAGUAAUCCAACAGCAGAGACUACUCAUGAGCUGCAGGAGGUGCAAAGUGGACAUCAACAUGAAACCAUUUCUGGAAGCUGUGCUGGAGAAGUGGGCAAUGACAAAGAGAUAGCUGAAUGUUGUGGAAAUGAUGUCACUGAUUCUAAUGGGAAUGUUUUUUCAUCUCCACAUGACUGGUUGGAUCCAUCAUUGCAGUUGAAUGUUCCAUUGGUUGAUGUUGAUAAGGUCCGUUGUAUAAUAAGGAAUAUAGUUAGAGACUGGGCAGCAGAGGGAGAGAAAGAACGUGAUCAGUGUUACAAGCCCAUUCUUGAAGAACUUGAUGCCCUGUUUCCAAAUCGCUCCAAGGAGAGCCCUCCUGCAUGUUUAGUUCCUGGUGCUGGACUUGGGCGGCUAGCCCUAGAGAUUUCAUGCCUAGGUUUCAUAAGUCAGGGAAACGAAUUUUCAUACUACAUGAUGAUAUGUUCUAGUUUUAUUCUUAAUCAUACUCAAACAACUGGAGAAUGGACAAUAUAUCCUUGGAUCCACAGCAAUUGCAAUUCGCUUUCAGAUAAUGAUCAACUUCGUCCAGUUUCAAUACCUGAUAUUCAUCCGGCAAGUGCAGGGAUUACUGAAGGUUUUUCUAUGUGUGGUGGGGAUUUUGUUGAAGUCUAUAAUGAUUCCAGCCAGAUUGGAGUCUGGGAUGCUGUUGUGACUUGUUUCUUUAUUGACACAGCACACAACAUCAUUGAGUACAUUGAAAUUAUAUCAAAAAUUUUGAAAGAAGGGGGAGUUUGGAUAAACUUGGGACCUCUACUGUAUCACUUUGCAGAUGUGUAUGGGCAGGAAGAUGAGAUGUCAAUAGAGUUAAGUUUGGAAGAUGUAAAGAAGGUUGCUUUACGAUAUGGAUUUCAGUUUGAGAAAGAACAGACCAUUGAAACAACCUAUACUACAAAUCCUCGAUCCAUGAUGCAAAAUCAUUACUUUGCUGUGUUUUGGACAUUGCGAAAGAAAAGAACUUCUACAACAUAGUAUGCGGGAGAUGAUAUGUAUCCCCGUAUUAAUAUACCCUCAGGUGUUUUUUCUCAUUUGGAUUCUUCCCCUGCCCCCACACUUUUUCUUUCUCUAUUUUUGCAAUGCUUCUGGCCAAAUCGGGGAGUAGCACCUCAAAAGAUUUCUUGUAAUUUUGCAGUAUUACAAAGCAUAAAACUGUCAAAUUUUCCGUGAUGAGUUAUUUGAUCAAAUUAUAGUUUUAAGCGACUGGCGAAUUCUGUUUAGAACUAAAAUGUUGUGUCCAGGGGGUUACAACUUAGAACAGAUUGGUUUAUGCUGAGUCAAAAUAUUCAGUCUCCUUUGUUUGUUAUUUUGGCUUUUGGAUUUGGUCUAAAAGAAAGGAAAAGUGAACGAGAGGGCAGGUGGGAAAUCUCGUCAGCUGGAAAGGAGGUUAAAGUGUAAUGUUUAACCAAAUAUGGUAAGAAAAAGAAACAAAGGAAACAAACAUGAAAGCUGAUGUCUAAAUUGAUUAAUUUGUUGUGUUCAACUUUGCUGCAAAGCCUCUACUCUGUGUAUUAUUUGGGAAACUUAGUACUAUAAACUAUAUAAUUAGUUGGAUAUAUUGUCAUGUGUUAUAUAAUGUUGGUAAGUGAGACUUGUUCUA